CCAUGAUCCACGAUGCUUCGGAAGACAUAAAAAAUGUAGCCACGCGCCUUCUUAAAACCUUUUCCUUUUUUGGUUUGGCACAUUACCCUCUUUCCUGUUAAAGUUGUCUCGUCUCCUUCUCGUCUCCUUCCUCAAGCAUAUUCUCUGGUAAUUCCUCUCUCUCUGUCUCUCUUUGACUUUUCUCUCGCAGAGUUUAGAUUCUUUUUUUUUCUGGAUAUAAAUUAUUUACACGACACGAAACCUUCUAGGUCCAGGUCAUAGUUUUACUCUAUAUCUGGAUUUGUUUGAAAAUUGCUUGUGUUAUGCGCCAGCUUUUUCCCUAAUAUAUAGACUAGGUCUUAAUUACAGAUAUUAGAGUUCGUUUCCUCGAGGGUUUCUUUCGACCUCGUGUCCUGGUGAAAUUUUGGAAUUCUAAGGCUUUGGGGUUUUAUUUGGGAGGGGAUGAUCAUCUAAAGGAUAUUCGGUCGGUGUCGUGUUUUCUUAAUCUCAAUUCUGUUGACUUUAGCUUUGCGCUUAAAGUACUUUGAUGGCAUUGGGACACUUGUGCAGCAUCCACUGUUUCCUUAAAAUAGGGAAACAAGAAGAGCUUCUUGUCCUAGAUAUUGGUUUGCCUAUUCCCAGUUUCUUCCUCAUUAACUUUAUUGGUAGCAGAGCCUCAUCCAUCUGGUGAACUUGUGAAGCUUCCUCUGUGAUUCUUUUGGCGAUUGGUUAGAAAUAUGGUUUCUUCUCAGUGUUCUGUUGCAAACAAAAACCAGACUGGGAAGCCGUUUCAGAAACAUCUAUCUUUAUCCAUCAGCCCUCCAAAAUCUGUCUUGGGUGAUAACCUUGAGCUUCAAUUCUCUGAUGUCUUUGGACCAAUGCCUGAAGCUAACUCUGAAGAGGCCUGUGAUGUUGCUUACGACGAGCCUGCUGUUGUCUACAGUCGAUCCCACUCAUUGGUUGGCCCGUCUUUGGUUGUUAGCCAUUCUUUGAAGAUGAACAAGCUCACUUUACGAGAAACUGAGGACUCAGUUGACUUGGUGGAGUGUGUUGAAGGUGAAUCGAUAAAAGAGAACGAUGAAUUCUCUGGUAAUGAUGACACUGACAGUGAGAAAUCUCCAGAGGAGGUCUCAGGUGUAGUAGGCAUUGAGGACUUUGAGGUAUUGAAGGUUGUGGGACAAGGUGCAUUUGGAAAAGUGUACCAGGUGAGGAAAAAAGACACGUCUGAGAUAUACGCGAUGAAGGUCAUGAGAAAAGAUAAAAUUGUUGAGAAGAAUCAUGCUGAAUACAUGAAAGCCGAGCGCGAUAUUCUAACCAAAAUCGAUCAUCCUUUCAUUGUGCAACUUAAAUACUCUUUUCAGACCAAAUACAGAUUGUAUCUUGUUCUUGACUUUAUAAACGGAGGUCAUCUUUUCUUCCAGCUCUAUCACCAAGGGCUUUUCAGGGAGGACUUGGCUCGUGUGUACACUGCAGAAAUCGUCUCUGCAGUUUCCCAUCUCCAUGAGAAAGGCAUAAUGCAUAGAGAUCUUAAACCUGAAAACAUACUCAUGGACGUAGAUGGCCAUGUGAUGUUAACUGAUUUUGGUUUAGCAAAAGAAUUUGAAGAAAACACAAGAUCAAACUCCAUGUGUGGGACUACGGAGUAUAUGGCCCCUGAGAUUGUUCGUGGAAAAGGACAUGAUAAGGCUGCCGACUGGUGGAGUGUAGGAAUCCUUCUGUAUGAGAUGCUCACUGGAAAGCCGCCGUUUCUCGGGAGCAAAGGAAAGAUACAGCAGAAAAUCGUUAAGGACAAGAUCAAGCUUCCACAGUUUCUGUCUAAUGAAGCUCAUGCCUUGCUGAAAGGGCUGCUGCAAAAAGAGCCAGAAAGGAGACUGGGAAGUGGACCGAGCGGAGCAGAGGAGAUAAAAAAACACAAAUGGUUCAAGGCGAUAAACUGGAAGAAGCUGGAGGCUAGAGAAGUACAACCAAGUUUCAAGCCGGCGGUUUCGGGAAGACAAUGCAUAGCUAAUUUUGACAAGUGUUGGACUGACAUGUCUGUUUUGGAUUCUCCAGCAAGUAGUCCCAACUCUGAUGCUAAGGCGAACCCUUUUACAAACUUCACAUACGUCAGGCCUCCUCAUUCAUUCCUUCAUCGGACCACAUCCAACUUGUAGAUGAACUAUAAUAUGUUACCCCCGCUUCUGUUUUUGUAAUCCGAAACAUAUGAACAUGCACAAAAUCAACGGUUGUUUGAAGAAACCUAUUUCUCGAUUUAAUAUAUUAUACUAGAUAAGACAUUCCUAUUUAGGUGCGUGUAAGAUACAAAAAUAAUUUUUUAUCAACUUUUAUUCUAUAUUUAAUUUAAUAUUUUUUUAAAAAGAAAAAGAAUUUCUAUUUUACAUAUUUAAUUUUGUAAUACAGUUUAAC